UACUUAACCACUGCCAACUAUCUACUUGAUAUUGCGGAACAAAACAUUUUUCAUCUCGAAAGGAAACGGAAUAGCAUUAGUAGUACAGCAGAUCCUCGACUGAAGUAUCCAGCUCGCUAUCUGAUCCGUGCCAUCACAUCUGAUUUCGUAUCACGGAGGUACAACUGAGGUCCCUUCAAAUUUUUCUGCUGCGACGAUUUCUGGCCGGGGAAUAUCCUCGUAGAUGAUGAUUCCUUCAAGAUAACCGGCAUCAUCGAUUGCGAAUGGUGCCAUGCCGGACCUUGUCAAUUUACAUAUGCCCCGCCCCGCUGGCUGUUGCUGAAGGAUCCAGCCUAUUGGAAAUUUAUUCAGACAAGGAACAUACUCUGAACGUUUACAUCCCGAAGCUUGAGCCGUUUUUACUUGUUUUAGAAGACCAGGAGCAGGAGCAUUUCCGUCGGAGCCUACCACGCCUUCAACGGGGUCCGAGUCUAUCAGAAUUGAUGCGCCGGUCCAUGACAGACAUGCCUUUCUUGUCCAACAAGGCAGCUAGGAACAGCUACGCCUUGAAUCGAAUCCACUGGUCGCGGCUUGAUUCAUUUUGCUUUGGUCCUGUACGCGACCGGGCCGAGAGGUCCGACUACUUCUGCCAUGCAGAUGUCAACGAGGACUUGAAUUCAUUUCUUGAUCGAAAAGUGGAGCAUCUUUGUUGAUACAAGUUGGAGUUAAGGUUGGACAGGACUGAGGAGUCUGAAAGGGAGAAUGUUUAAGAUCAUUAUGAACUUAUAACAAUGGGCCAGACCUUGAUCCAAGUCAGUUACUAUCAUAUGGAGGAAGCUGAUGUUGCGAUAGAAAAUCCCCAAACUGAGAUCCAAGAGAUCGUAGCC